AUGAACUCCGGAAUACAGAACAUCGUCAUUUCCCUUGGUGCGAUGCAAGUUGCCCGUCGAAUUCCAUUCGAUGACCCGGAAGUUCUCAACUAUGUGCGGAUAGGUUAUGUUGCAAGUCAAGUUGUCAUUAUGGGUGCAUACUUUUAUGUUUCCUACAAGGUCAGCAGGGUAUUUCAGAACACAUACUCGCCCGACUCUGGAGGACUCGUGACUACCACGGUCCGUGACUAUGACCUGUCUGAAACGUCGAAACUGCUUCGUGCUGCGUACUUUGGUGUCGCCAUGAUGGCCUUCUUCCAUUUGUACAUGAAGUAUACCCAGCCUCUCUUUAUUCAAGCCCUUAUGGGUCUGAAGAAUCUAUACGACGCAAAGCCUGUUGCCAUUCACGUUCUUGGGAAGCCCGCAGAAGGCGAUCUGAAGAGACCGUUCAAGGCUGCAUCAAUGUUCGGAGCUGCUGCCGGUCCUCAAACAGACGCAGCGUCAGUUGCAGACGCAGAAAAGAAGAUUGGUGCAAAGAAGGAGGAUUAG